AUUUUGGUUUGUGGACCGUACAUAAGACAAAGGACUCACAAGUACCACAACUAGUUACGAAUAUGUCAUUGUUUACUAUCUCCUGAUACAGGUCUGAACCAUCAAUCAACAAGAUGCCAAAGUACAAGCUGAUUCAUUUCAAUGCCCGUGGGAUUGCAGAGCUUGCUUGUAUGGUGUUUGCCCAGGCCGGGGUUGAAUAUGAAGAUAUCUGUUGUGAAGCCGAAGAAUGGCCGAAAUAUAAACCAAACGCACCAUUUGGGCAGGCCCCGGUUCUUGAAGUCGAUGGUGUACAGUUAGCUGACAGUGCCGCCAUUACCCGAUAUCUGGCCAGGGAGUUUGGCCUGGCUGGGAAAACUCGGCUCGAGGAAGCUCAGGUGGAUAUGUUUGUUGGCGCGGUUUAUGACCUGGCCAAAUCCACAUAUGAAGCCCAACAUGCAGAGAAACCGAAAAAGACAGAGUUGGUUAAAAAGUUGCACGAAGAAACCGUUCCCAAAUUUUUGGCUAAGUUCGAGUCGACCCUUGAGGAGAGCAAGAGUGGCUUUUUGGUUGGAGAAGGGGUGAUUUGGGCCGACUUUACUCUUAUGCGUGUCAUGAGCUGCAUUUGGAGUCAACUGCCUGAGGAUUUCGCCACCAAAUACUCCCAUGUGAAGGAACAUGGCAAGCGAGUGGAAUCUUUACCCAAAAUAGCCGCUUGGAUUGCCACGCGUCCGUGAUUGCAGCAUAAUUCUACAAAGCGUUUCACUUACUUUUAAUACUUUUACUAAUGUAUUAGUAAUACGAAAACGCUCAUGUAUAUGCUCUGUGAUAGUGAACACAUGGCAUAGUCAAGACAACUUGAACAAGAAUUAUUUUGUUUACUCCAUAAUAAUCAGACCGCGUUGUACUUUUGCCCCAUAAUUUAAGAUGUGCUACAUACAGUUAUAUAAUUUUAAAGUUUUAAACCUCUUAUUCACCUGGGCAUGAAAUAAGCAAUGAAUAAAUCGUAACGGACGUCCUGACGCAACUGAAGAAAUAGGGUGGCCGAGGUAGUUAGCGUGCCAGCCAGGCGCCAUGACCCAGGAGUCUGUCAGCAAUGCAGUCACUGUGAGUUCAAGCCAACCUCAUGCUGGCUUCCUUUCCGGCAGUACGUGGGAAGAUCUGUGAGCAAUCUGCGGAUGGCCGUGGGUUUUCCCCAGGUUCUGCCCAGUUACCUUCCACCAUAAUGCUGACCACCGUCAUGUAAGUGAAAUAUUCUUGAGUACGGCGUAA